AUCCCGUAUCGGUCGGACAACGUGACUCUGGAGGGGGCGGAGCAGGACUUUUGUGUUGAAAUACAGAAACUUCAGUCUCUUUUGCGGCACUGUAACAUCAAACUAUGAAUCCUUCUGAGUUGAAAACCAUCACUGUGAUCGGCAGCGGUCUGAUCGGCCGCUCCUGGGCCAUGGUGUUUGUCAGUGGAGGCUACCGGGUGAAGAUCUAUGACAACCAACUGGGGCAGGCUGCAAAGGCUGUCACAGAGAUCAGGAAGCAGCUAGAGGAGCUGGAAGAAGCUCGCAUGCUGAGGGGGGAUCUCACGGCCACGCAGCAGCUUGCCCUGCUUUCCAGCCAUGAGGACUUGGCCCAAGCACUGGAUGAAGCCUUUUUUGUCCAGGAGUGCGUAUUCGAGCAGCUUGAAGUCAAGCAGAGCGUCUUUCAGGAAAUUGAACGUUUUGUGGGUAAAGGAGUGAUCCUGAGCAGCUCCACCUCCUGCCUGGUACCAAGCAGUGUCUUUGCUAAAGUACAGGAAAGAAGCCGCUGCCUUGUGUCCCAUCCGGUAAACCCACCCUACUAUGUGAAACUGGUCGAGCUGGUGCCUCACCCAGAGACCUUGGCAACUGUUAUGGACGCCACCCAUUCUCUGAUGACCAAGGUCGGCCAGGCGCCCGUCCUUCUGAAGAAAGAGAUAGAUGGCUUUGCCCUCAACAGAGUUCAGGCUGCCAUUAUCGCUGAGUCAUGGAGGCUGGUUCAGGAUGGUGUUAUAUCAGUGAAGGAUAUCGACCUGGUUAUGUCAGAGGGACUGGGAAUGCGCUACGCCUUCAUCGGCCCCAUGGAAACCAUGCACCUGAACGCCCCUGAAGGUCUGGAAGACUACAUGAGACGAUACGGGGAGGGUAUAACCAGGAUCCUAAAUGCCUUCGGGCCCGUACCGGACUUUUUCGGGGAGCCGGCCAAGGGCAUCGUUAAGGAGAUGUGUGAGCUUAUUCCCAGUGACCAGCAGCAUCUGUCAGCCAGGAAGGAGAGGAGGGACCUGCUCCUCAUGCAUCUGGCUAAACUAAAAAAUGACCACUGAGCUCCACGUGCCAAGGCCAGAACUAAUGGCCGACUGCUGAAAUCAGGAAGUCCUUUAUUCCAUCGUCAAUCACGUGAAAUGUCUCAGUAUUUCUAUAAACUUAACUUUUUAAUGGAACUGUAACUAAUUUCUGUAAAGAAUUUCCAGGUGUCAAUCAUGGGAUGUGAUUGUGCAGUAUUGACUAUAUUACACAAUAAGAAGCAAGGGUUCUGUGUGGCUUGCUUUUGUC